ACGAAAGUUUGAGAACCUCUGGGAACUCUUCGACCGUCUACGUAUACACACCUUUGUUGUAUAAAUGUGUGUGAGUGUAUGAUAUCAUGUAUGACGUCAUCCUAUGGAUCAGUUCGUGGUACAGCUUGAGAAGACGUACGCACUUCAGUCAUUCGCAGACGGUCAUCUUGCGAUCAUCUACCUUUGAGGUCUCAUCAUAAUAAACAAUCAUGUCUCAUUCCGUAAUAAUUAGAACGCAAACUGUGACGACCAACUCGACUGCGAUUGUUAUUAAUACAGGAUAUAUAAAAACAUGGAGUGGAAUUUUAAAAUUUUUACAACUCGCUUUGGGAAUCGUAUGCGUAGGCAUUGCCGGCGAUCAAUUUAGACCAGGAUAUUAUCGUACAAUCACGGAUGUAUUCUUCCUUUUAAUAGUAACAACGUUUAUGAUAGGAACAUUUAUUUUGUUGCUAAGCUGUUUGGCUUCUCUUUCUACCGCAUCUAUAAUAUCAAAAACGAUAUAUGAAUUAUUUUAUCAUGCAAUAGCAUUUGGACUUGUCCUUUCUGCAGCUCUGACAUUACUGAUACAAGUACAUAAAAAUAAUUCCAGAGAAUACGAAUUGUUGUUAGGUGCUUCUAUUUGCGGACUCGUAAAUUCAGCCCUGUAUUUGCUUAGUACAAUAAUAGCACUUCGUACAUACAGGGGUAUUUAAGUGCUAUUGAACUAAUGGCUCCAGUUAUGAACAAACGAUGGAAACUAACUUUCUUAUAUUUAUAAUGCUUCAAAUCAAUUUAAUUGGAAUAUAUAUUUAUAUAUAUAUAUAUAUAUAUAAACGAUUCGACUGCCAAAUAUUUUUUAAAUAGUACUCGUUUGGCAGUUUAAAUUUGUGCAAGUGACAUUAGAAUUAACGUGGUAUUUAUUUAUUAUUUUUUGGUAAUGUGUAACGCAUAAAUAUUUAUAAUAUCUUUGUAGAAAUCUUGUUCAUACCGUGGUAUCUAUUUAAAGUGAGUCAUUUAAUAUUUUUCUAUUAAAAUAUUUUAUUAUAUACCUAUAUAACACACACAUACACACGUUUAUAUAUAUUCUUAAAAUAUAAUAUAUUUACAAAGAUUACUUUCCAUAAAGAAUUUUGAAUGACUCACUCGAUACAAUUGUUGGAUCUCAUUCAUUAUUUUGUAAUUUUUAUCACGUACAGUUAUCAACCAUACUAUCUACAAAUAUAAUUAUAAGGAUUAAUAUACGCUUAAAUUGAUGUGAUCGAUUUCAUCGAUGUCAUUUAAAGUUAAUAAGUAUGUGUAUCUUGACUUGUGUGAAUGAAAUUAUUUAAUAUAAUAUAAUAUAUAACAUCGAA